AUGGCUCGAGUGUGGCAGCAACCGUUCCUCAACGUCUUCAGACACUUCAAGGUGGAUGAAUGGAAGCGGUCGGCCAAGGAGGGCGAUGUGACCGCAGUGAUGGACAAGAUCCUGAAGAGCACUGUGUACCGUAUCCGGGGAUCCGUGUCUGCUGCCAACUACAUCCAACUCCCGAAAAGCAGCACCCAGUCCCUGGGGCUGACUGGGCGGUAUCUGUAUGUGCUUUUCCGACCACUGCCCACGAAGCACUUUGUCAUCCAUCUGGACGUGUCCACGGAGGACAGCCAGGUCAUCCGAGUGUCCUUCUCCAACCUCUUCAAGGAGUUCAGGUCCACAGCAACGUGGCUUCAGUUUCCUUUCAUCUGUGAGGGCCGAGUGGCUGUACCAGACCUGGCAGACACAGCAACCCCUGGCACCCGAUGGACUUGUUUGCAACUAGACCUUCAGGGAAUCCUGUUUGUCUACUUGAACCGGCGCUUUCGGCACCUCAAGAGUGUCCGACUGUGUGCCAGUCUGCUGGUCCGGAACCUGUAUACCAGUGAUCUGUGUUUCGACCCCGCUGUGACCUUGACAGGAGCCCGGCGGGACAAGCUGGCCAUCACUCCCAUGCCCCGAGAAAUGGUGUUCCCAGUGCCCAAGGGGGAGAGCUGGCAUGACCAUUAUGUCCACAUCCGGUUUCCGAGCAAUAGCCCAGGAGUGCCGAGGGAGCUGGGCCUGAAGAAUUGCACCCCUCCUGAGGCAGAGGUCAGCCUGUCCUGCGAGCACCCAGACACGUUGGCCCAGGUGGGGGCCGGUGAUGGUGUCCACGUGUUUGCCCACCUACCAGCUUUGGCGCCUUUGGUCCUGGAGGAUGUUUGCUCUCAGGAAAGCUUCCUCCCAGAUCCGGUUCUGCGGCUCAAGGGGGUCAUUGGCUUCGGGGGCUACAGCACCACAUGGGCCCUGUGGACCAAGGACGGGGCUGCUGUCGUGUACCCCUGCCACGCGGUCAUCAUUGUCCUGCAGAUUGACACAGGCCAGCAGCGCUUCUUCCUGGGCCACACAGACAAGGUCUCUGCCCUAGCGCUGGAUGGGAGCAGCUCCCUGCUGGCCUCGGCUCAGGUGCAGCCUCAGAGCAUGCUGUGGCUCUGGGACUUCCAGACAGGAGGCUGUCUGUCCAUGUUCAGGAGCCCGGCCCACACCAUUUGCUCCCUCAGCUUCUCUGGCAGCGGGGCGGUUCUCUGCGGCAUCGGCAAGGACAGCCACGGAAGGAUGAUGGUGGUGGCCUGGGGCACGAGACGGGUGGGCGUCCAGGGCAGGGUGGACGUCAUUGCAAAGGUGCACACAGACGCGGACAUCCAGUCCUGGGCGGUUGCCCCUGAUGACACCAGGAUGGCUUCUUGUGGGCGGAAAAGUGUGCGGCUGUGGCGGCUCCGCGGAGGGGCCCUGCGUUCUUGCCCUGUGGACCUGGGGGAGUACCAUGCGCUGUACUUCACUGACCUCACCUUCAGUCAGGGUCAGGAUGGGCCACAUACGCUCUAUGUGAGUAGCCGGAGCGGCCACAUACUGGAGGUCGAUAUCCAGCACAUGGUCGUGCGGCACGCCCGCCGCCUGCUGCCCGUGAAGCCCCCUGGUGGCCCCCACCCACAGAAGGCCACCUUCACUUCAGGCCCUGGUGUGACCAUCAGCAGCCUUAGUGUCUCCCCAGCCUUGUGCGCUGUUGGUUCGGAGGACUGUUAUCUGCGUCUCUGGCCCCUGGAUUUCUCUGCCGUCCUCCUGGAAGCAGAGCAUGAGGGCCCAAUCAGCUCGGUCCGGUUUAGCCCUGAUGGCCUGCGUGUACUGUCCACCACCUCCACGGGCCACCUGGGCUUCCUGGAUGUGGUGUCCCGUGAGUACAGCGUGCUGGUCCGCUCACACGCUGCCUCUGUGCUGGCCUGUGCCACGGCUCCCGGCCGAAGACAGCUUGCCACAGUCGCCAGGGACAACAGCGUCUGCAUCUGGGACCUGGAGACCCUGCAGCAGCUAUAUGACCUCACGUCUCCUGUUGAAGCCCCAUGUGCGGUGACCUUCCACCCAACACAGCAGACUCUGUUCUGUGGUUUCUGUAGCGGUGCUGUGCGGUCCUUCAGCCUGGCGGCUGCAGAUGCACUAAUAGAACACAGACGACACCGGGGAGCCGUGACGAGCCUGGCUGUCACCCCCGACGGCAGCUUCUUGUUCAGCACCUGUUCUCAGGGCAUCCUGGCCCAGUACGACUGCGUGGGUCCCCGGUGCUCCGUCCUCCGUGUGGCAGGAAACAUGGUAUGCCAGGACACCUGGCCCAACCCCAACGCCCUGGCGGUCAGCAGGGACAGCUGUUUGCUGGCCUUCGUGGGUCCCUCCAAGCACACAGUGACCAUAGUGGGCACAGCCUCCCUGGAUGAGCUACUACGGGUAGACAUCCGUGUCCUGGACCCAGCUGGCAGCCACCAGGACUCAGCUGUGGCCAUCUGUUUCGGACCCCUGCCCACUGGCCACCUUCUAGUAUCCACCUCCUCCGCCAAAGUCCUAGUGCUGGAUUCCCAGUCAGGACGCACCAUCCGGGAGCUGUCUGGCGUCCACCCCAUGGCCUGCUCCUCCCUGGCUCUUAGCGAGGAUGCCCGCCUCCUGGUGACAGCUGGUGAUCGGGCCAUCAAGGUGUGGAAGUCACCCACAAAGGUGCAUCCCGGCUGCCAGGUGUUCAUCGGACACUCGGAGCCUGUGCAGGGAGUGUCCUUCACCCCUGACCAGCAGCAGGUCCUCAGCGUGGGGGACACAGUCUUCCUCUGGGACAUUCUGGCAUCCCCCAAGACGGCACCCCAGCACAGAGUCCCAGGCUCAGCCAGGCCCCACCCAGCCUCGGACGCAGGACUGGACACUGCCCAGCAGGAAGACGUGGGCUCCCGGGCCGCUGGGCUUCCCCGGUGCUGGGUCCCUGUGCCAUCCCAGGCCUCCCCGCCCCGGUUGGCCAUCAGUGCCACAACUCCCGAGGGCAGUGAUGGGGUGUCCUCCAUGUCUGAUGAGGAAGGACCCAACAAGGAGGGUCCCUCCGCCGGGCCCUUUGAGGCCCCAUGCCCUCUUGGACGGGUGGAGAAGAAAGCCAGAGGGGCUGUGUCAGAGAAGGUAACAGGGGGGCCUUGGGCGCAUGGAGAACCCACCUGCCCCCACAGCCAGCCUGGUGCUGACAGACCCAGGGGUGCUUCUGUCUCCUCUGCCCCCCGCCCCGAUUCCUACAAACACUUUGUAGCUCGCUUCAAGGCCUCCUGGCUCUCCAAGAGCACCCUCUUCCCUGCGGCUGGUAUGGAGCAGCUGUACCUGAAGGCUGUCGUGGGCUAUAACGGGAAUGGCCGUGACAACAUGGUGUGGAGGCCGGACACAGGCUUCUUCGCCUACACAUGCGGCUGUUUGGUGGUGGUGGAGGACCUACACUCUGGCUCCCAGCAGCACUGGAUUGGCCAUCCCGAGGAGGUGUCCACACUGGCUCUCAGCCAUGAUGCUAAGGUACUGGCCUCUGCCUCGGGCCGAGGCGCUGAGACAGCCCGUUGCCAGAUCCGCAUCUGGGAUGUGUCCACGGGUACCUGCUGCAGACUCCUCUCUCACCAUGAUUCUGCUGUCCAGGCUAUGGUCUUCUCGCCGGAUGAUGGGCUCCUCGUCACACUGGGCGACUACAGAGACUGCACCCUGGCCGUGUGGAGCACAGCCACCUACGAGCUUGUGUCGUCCAUCCGCCUCCGGGAGCCAGUACAUGGUGUGGCGUUCGGUCCUUGGGAAGCCGCUGAGCUGGCCUGUGUGGGCCGCGGUACUGUCACCUUUUGGCUCCUGCAGCAGCAUGGGGCAGACAUUCGUCUCCAGGUGCACCGUGAGCCAGUCCCUGCGGAGGUGGGGGCCAGUGAGCUGACUGCACUGUGCUUUGGCGCGCCCCCUCUGCUCUAUUGCGGCUCCAACACCGGUCAGGUGUGCGUCUGGGACGUUGGCUCUGGCCGCUGCUUCCUGGUCUGGGAGGCCGAUGAGGGCGAGAUCGGAGUGUUGGUGUGCCCCGGGGCACGGCUGGUCACUGGCAGCAACACACGACGACUUCGCUUGUGGGCCGUGGGGGCCGUGCCUGAACUGAGGCUGAAGGGCUCUGGGGCCAGGUCUAGGACGGUCAUCCUAGAGCGUGAGCUGGUACUGGACGGGGCCAUCGUGAGCGCUGCCUUUGACAACCGUGUGGAUAUGGGCAUUGUAGGCACCACAGCGGGCACACUCUGGUACGUCAGCUGGGCCCAGGGUACCAGCAACCGUCUAGUCAGCGGUCACAGGAGCAAGGUGAACGAGGUGGCCUUCAGCCCUGAUGAGUCCCACUGUGCCACCUGUGGUGAGGACGGGAGUGUGCGCGUGUGGUCCUUGUCCAGCAUGGAGCUAGUGAUCCAAUUUCAGGUGCUGAACCAGAGUUGUCUCUGCUUGGCUUGGUGCUCGCCAUCCUGUGGACAGCUGGGGCCACAACAGCUGGUAGCCGGCUACAGCGAUGGAACUGUGCGAAUCUUCAGCGUCUCACGAACCGAGAUGGAGCUUAAAAUGCACCCGCAUUCAUCUGCAUCCACUGCUGUGGCCUUCACAGCCGAUGGUCAGACCAUCCUCUCUGGGGACAAGGAUGGGCUGGUGGCCGUGAGCCACUCCCGAACAGGACUGACCGUUCGUGUGCUGAGAAACCACCAAGGGGCCCCCAUCUCCACCAUCCAGUGCAGAUCCAAGGAGCACGGAGACUGUGGGGUGCUGGAUGCAGACCUGUGGCUGGCUGCCAGUGGGGACCAGCGAGUCAGCAUUUGGGCAGCUGGCUGGCAGGAGGACCGUUGUGAGCUGGUGGACUGGCUGAGCUUUGCAGCCCCCACACAGCGGCUGGGCCACCCGCCGCCCACCCUUGCAGCCUUCUGUCCGUGGGACGGUGACCUGCUGGUGUGUGCCGGCCUUGGCCCAAGGGAAGAGCUGCUUCUAUACAGCCUACGUCAGAAGCAGGUGGUGGAGACAAUCCCGCUGCCCUUUUUUGCUGUGUCCCUGAGCCUGUCCCCAGGAGCCCGCCUUGUGGCUGUUGGCUUCGCCGAGCAUCUGCUGAGGCUGCUGGACUGUGAGUCGGGCCUGGCACAGGACUUUGCUGGCCACGAUGACACGGUGCACCUCUGCCGGUUCUCUCCAUCCACUCGGCUUCUCCUCACAGCAGCUCACAACGCGAUUCUGGUGUGGGAGGUCUUGGCUGCUGAGGCCCAGAGGCCGCAGUGCCCGUAUUCCUGUGUGGGGUCUCCUCGGUGA